ACUUGCAUCCUGCAAGCUCAUGGGACACGUCACAAAUUGCAUAUUUUCUUUAAUGAUUAGUUAUGAGGUAUUAAAGAAAGGAGUCAGGGCUGGACAUGGGCCACUCUUUGGACAGUGAUCAGUGUUGUAGAGUCCAAUAGCUUUCAUGUCAGCAGUUUGCACGUUAGGCUUUACGGUAUGAUUCCAACGUUAGCUCUGGAGAAGGACAGCUACCCAUGGGAUGUUGGGCGACCAGCUUUAACCUGCACCUGAAAGCGCCCUCCAGAGUGUCCGUGUUCUUCACCAUGAUUGUUCUGCUCACCUAUGUGUUCUACUGUCUGACCGGAUUCUGCGACUUAACCCCGAUUCCGCUGCAGGAGCGCAAACCAACUUUCGCCCAACUCCACCAGGAGCGCAACGCGUCCGACAAGCGCGACCUUCUGCCACAAGUGACGGAGGAAGAGACGACGCGUCUACCCGGGGACCUUUCCAACCUCUCGGUGUCCGACAGCUUCGGGACGAAAGAGUUUCCCCAGGCCAUCAUUAUCGGCGUGAAGAAAGGAGGCACGCGCGCGCUGCUCGAGUUCCUGCGCGUGCACCACGUCCGAGCGGUGGGCGCAGAGCCGCACUUCUUCGACCGCUUCUACGAUAAAGGACUAGAGUGGUACAGAAAUCUAAUGCCCCGCACACUGGAGGGACAGAUUACAAUGGAGAAGACCCCCAGCUACUUCGUGACACGAGAAGCCCCUGGUCGUAUCUUCACCAUGAACCGCAACACUAAACUGAUUGUGGUGGUGCGGGACCCGGUCACUCGGGCCGUCUCUGACUACACGCAGACUCUCUCCAAAAACCCAGGGCUUCCCUCUUUCCAAAACUUGGUCUUCAAAAACUAUAGCACAGGCCUCAUUGAUACAUCUUGGAGCGCUGUGCGCAUUGGAAUCUACUCCAAGCACCUGGAGAAUUGGCUCCGGUACUUUCCGCUCUCGAGCUUGCUGUUUGUAAGCGGGGAGAGGCUUGUUACAGACCCAGCGAGAGAGAUGGAGCGAGUGCAGGACUUUCUCGGCUUAAAGAGGCUUGUCACCAACAAGCACUUCUACUUCAACCAGACUAAAGGCUUCCCAUGUUUAAAGAAGCCUGAGGGGAGCAGCCGACCAAGGUGUCUUGGCAAAUCAAAAGGCAGAGCUCAUCCUCACAUUUCGCCUGAUGUAUUAUACAAACUGAGGGAUUUUUACAGACCCUUCAAUUUGAAGUUUUAUCAGAUGACAGGCCAGGAUUUUGGCUGGGAAUGAGUUAUCCAAAACUUCGGUGGUUAAAGCUCCUAGAAUUGCCACUGAUCUCAGUGGGCCUUUAAGCAAAGCGCUUAACUGUCACAUGCUUCAGGGGGUUGUACAAGAGCUGACAAUAAACUCUGACCCCUGAAAGAUGGGAAUGGACAAAAAGCCAACAAUGUUCCCUUGGGAAUGCUUAACAUGUAAAUAUAAAAAUGCUGCGUGUAGCAAACGAUUCCUUCUUGUUUAAUUCACUGAUUAUGAUGUCAACUCCUUGCCAAGAGCUAUUAAUUCUUUUUAAUGUUUAUUUUUGUUGUUAUUGCAGUAGAAGCGGUCAAAAAAGUUGUAUUUAGUAUACAGUUGACUACGGUAGACAGAGAAAACACCAUGCCGCAGUCUAUCUUUUUUAUAAAUAAAUGUUAAAAAUUCAAUCCCACUUGCCUUCUCAUCUCCACAGCAAACACCUGAACCAUUUCCUCCAAAAAUCUACUUUUAAGAACAGUAAGGUGCAACAUUCUGGACACUCUAAAGAUGUGUCAGACUGGAUUACAUUUUAAGAAUAUCAUUUCACUGUGUCCAGAUUACUGCAUGACAAAUGAUGUUUGGGAUCAUCAGUAACUGGAAAAUAAUACCAGCAGAUAAUGCUUUUCUACAUUGUGAAGUGUUGCAACCUGGGAUUGAAUCUACACAGAAUAUAUCCUAAUUUUGAAGUGUGUGUUUGGGGAGCAGCAUUACCCUUGGCCUCUUUUUGCAUCUCUGAGUAAUGCUGUCCUUAUUUGGUCGCUGAUAUUUAUUGGAUGACCUUCUUUUGGUGGUAUGUUUCUAUUUCUACAUGGUACAUGGGAUGUUCAAACUUUGAAAUUAUUAUUUUUUUAAUCAAACUGAUAUGUUUCCAGACUUUUGUUGACUUGUUUUGCAGGUAUUCCUAAUGCUGCUUCUUCAGGUAUAGCACAUUCUCAUAUAAACUCCAGGGUUUUUCAGGAACAGGUGUAUUCAUAUUAAAUCAUGUGACACUUUAAAUGCACACAAGUCAACCCUAUUCAAAUACUCAUGCAAUUACUAAUUACAUUUUUAUCUCCAAAUAUUUUGAUAGCUAUAAUGACUGCCCCAUUUCUAUAUUAUUGGGGAACUUUUGGGUAGACACAUAAUUAGUUAAAAUCAUUCCAAAACAAAAUUUAAAAUGUGGGUUAGUUCAUGAGGUGAUUACUUGUACAGUAGGUCAGAAACAGACAAUUCAAAAUAAAAAAGAAUCAUCAUCUACAUAUGUGUUAAUCUGAUUCCGAUUUAUGGUUGUUAUGGAGCUUAAUAGAAUAAAAUUAGGGGUGAGGCUUGUGUCUCUUAGGAGAUGCAACAAAAGCAAACAAAACCCUUCUGCUCCAUCUACUGUAAUAGUACCACUUCAUUCAUUCAGAGUGAAAAGCCCCCCACCAGCCCCCAGUUUCUGUUACUAUUCAACUAGUGUUUUUUUUUUUUUUUUUAACAAUUAAUUAUUUUUUGCAUUCUAAAGAGAUCAUUUUAAGUCUCCUUAAAUAAUGUAAAACAAAUAAAUUACAACCCUGUUUUUGACACUAAAGUGAAUAUAUAUUUUUUUUAUGUUUGUCUGACUUUACUCAGAACAUCCGUAAUGACCUGAGAGCUGUGUUCAUUUCACUAAUGCAUGGGCAAUUUUAUUCUACUGCCAUUUGCUUUCUUAUUUUACUGCCAGAUAAGAAAUGGACAAAGCCAUUUUGCUGCUAGGUUGUAAUAUUUGUUAAUGUUUUUUAAUUUGAUAUCCACAUUUUAAUAUCUCUUAAGUACUCAACCACAUCCUGGACUUUAUUGCAUUCAAAAUUCCAUUUGUUGCCAUUUGUAAAUCUUUACAUCUUGUGAUUCUGCAGUCUUCUGCCUAUUAGUAUGCAGAUGUAAAAGCAGUUGUGCAGUAUGCAGACGAAUUGAGUCAUAAUACAAAAAUAUAUCAGAUGAAUCAUUUUUUAUGAGCAAUAAAUACCAUGUUCGCAUUUUAUUUCUCUGUUUAAAACAAUAAAACAUCAGGUAUGAUUGUAAUUUCCAUUGACUUUUUAAACUUAAUUCAUCCAUAAAUCACAUUUUAUAGCUAUAGGCAAGUCAUUCGUAUUAUGUGGGAAUAGAAAUGCUUUGUUUAAUUGUUUUUCAGAUAUUAAGACACAAUUAUUAUUUCUUCAUGUGUUACACAACUGACUGUCAAAAUAUCAUUUCAGUUUGUUUUAUGCACAUUUGUUAUUUAGACGCUGUUUUCAACAUGCAAUUGUGCCUGUGUGCAAGUAAAGCAGAUUUUCUUCCGGCUUUAUUUCAAUAUUUACACUGACUAUUGAAUGUCUUGGAAUUUAAUUUAUGUUAUAAACGAAUUUGCAAAUUUUGUUGAGUUUGUUCCAAUAAACAUACCUGUCAUUUAAG